GUGGAACUAGAAGUUCAUAACACUCCACAUGUCAGACAACUAGUGGUUCCCAACAGCCACAAGCUGCAUGCCAAUGAUCGCGAUAAGAUAUGGCGAUAAACCAACGUUGGUAAAUUAAUAAAAAUCUUUCUCCUCUUACAUCGCCCGAUUUCCUGUCCUAAAUUGAGACCUCGAUGGCCAUCGCCAAUUCCCUGGAUUUUUCCUUAACUUCUAGCAUCAACAGCAAGAACAGAAAAGCCCUCCAAUUCUCUCACUACUCCCACUGUAAACGUAGAAGCAAAAGCCCUUUCCCCUUUAUCUCACAUUUCCUCUUCUUGAACCUGAAUCCGAGAGCUGUAAGAGCAGAUUCCUCGGCUUGUUCGCCGCCGGUGCUGGAAGACAACGCGCCAGUAAUCGAGCUGGCUUUGAAGCUCCAAGAUUUUCAGCCCGCCGAUCAUUUGCCCGAAGAUUACAAAGAGUCAAACGCUCUGAUUUGCAGUUUGUUGAAGGAUUCUGAAACUGCACACCUUGGAUACGAGUACUAUGAGAAGGCCAAAGGAAAACCCAAUUUCAGACCUCGGAGAAAUACGCUGAAGCUGCUCGUCAGGUACCUGAUUCGUUCCAAGAACUGGGGAUUGUUGUUCUCUUUCUGUGAAGAUCUUCAGGUCUUCCGGGUUUUGCCCGACAGGUCCACAUGUUGUAGGUUGAUUAGUGCUUGUCUUAAAGCUAGGAAAUUGAGAGUUGUUAAUAAUUUGCUGGAGGUUUUCUUGGUUAACGAUGUUGAGACUGCUGUUUUGGCCUUUGGGUUCGCGAUGAAAGGCUAUAACCAGCUGCAUAUGUACUGCAGCACUAACGAUUUGUAUCAGAGGAUGAAGUCUGCGGGCCUGGAUUUGGACCCUGCCUGUUAUUUUCACAUAAUGGAAGCGCAUUUGAAAAUGAAACACUAUGAGAAAUGCAUCACGAUCUUUCAAGAUUUCGAGAAUCGGAGAAUGAUCGAAAUUGGGAAUCCACCACCGUUUUGCUCUCAAAUUUACUGGAUUCUGUGCGAGUCGUUGGGUAAAACAGGGCGCCCUUUUGAAGCGCUUGAGUACUUCAGGGAAAUGUCUAAGAAAGGGAUCCUGGAAGAUCAUUUCCUGUACUCGUCUUUGAUCAGUUCUUUUGCAAGCUCCGGUGAAUUAGAAAUGGCUGAGGAGCUCCUGCAAGAAGCGGAGAGCAAGAAAAUGCUGAGGGAUCCAGCGCUUUUCUUGAAGCUUGUUCUGAGGUACGUCCAGGAAGGGAUGAUGGAGAAGACGCUCGACGUUGUUGCAGCGAUGAGGCGUGUGGGAAUCAGAGUUUCCGACUGCAUUUUCUGCGCUAUCAUCAAUGGCUUCUCCAAGAAAAGAGGGGCUAAAGCUGCAGCAAGAGUGUAUGAGGAGCUUGUUCUGCAGGGGUGUGAACCAGGCCAAGUGACCUAUGCCUCAAUUCUAAGCGCAUAUAUUAGACUUGGGCGGUAUUCCAAGGCGGAAUCCGUGUUUGCAGAGAUGGAAAGAAAGGGUUUCGACAAUUGCAUAGUUGCCUACUCCAGCAUGGUCGCAGCCUAUGCCAAAAUGGGGAGAACGAGGGACGCAAUGAGGCUCGUUGCUAAGAUGAAAGAGAGAGGCUGCGAGCCAAACGUGUGGACUUACAACUCCUUAUUGGAUAUGAACGGGAGAGCGUUGAACUUGAGGUUCGUGGAGAAGACAUGGAAGGAGAUGAAAAGGAGGAAGAUCAUCCCGGACCGUGUUAGCUACACAACCGUGAUCAGCGCUUAUAACAGGGCGAGAGAGUUUGAAACGUGCGUGAAAUACUACGAGGAGUUUAAGCUAACAGGUGGGAAGAUGGACAGGGCGAUGGCGGGUACUAUGGUGGCGGUUUUCUCUAAAAUGAACAGAGUUGAAGAGGUGAUUGAGCUUUUGAGGGACAUGAAAUUGCAGGGGACUGAGUUGGAUGCAAGGUUUUAUAGGUCGGCGAUGAAUGCGUUGAGAGAUGCAGGGCUUCAAUCCCAGGCGAGAUGGCUGCAAGAAACGUUUAAGCAUUCUUGAUUCAUUGCAAGAAAUUGAGAACCUUGGAAGAUAGACAGAGAUGUCUGAAUUGGGAAUUGGGGUGGGGAUGGACAUGUAGUUGAGUUUGAUGAAUGUCGGUUAAUUGUUAUUACAGAGAAGAUGAAAACAACUUACCUGGAAAAAGAAAUUGUAAAACAGAAAGAGCAGUGAAUAGUCGGGCUCGGGCCUGUCUUACAUCAAACAUCAGUUAGAACUUAGAACCCUUUUUAUUUUUAAACUAGUGUUUCGUUCUAUAUUUACUCCAAAAUGUUAGAAUGUAUAUUACACGGUAAGGCCCGUCCAGCCCCUGAUUGCAUAAAUUACACUGUAAAGCCCG